AUGGCCACCACCGCGCAGUAUCUGCCGCGGGGCCCCGGCGGCGGAGCCGGGGGCACCGGGCCGCUCAUGCAUCCCGAUGCCGCCGCGGCGGCGGCAGCGGCAGCGGCGGCCGAGCGGCUGCACGCGGGGGCCGCGUACCGCGAAGUGCAGAAGCUGAUGCACCACGAGUGGCUGGGCGCGGGCGCGGGCCACCCCGUGGGCCUAGCGCACCCUCAAUGGCUACCCACGGGAGGAGGCGGCGGCGGCGACUGGGCUGGCGGCCCGCACCUGGAACACGGCAAGGCAGGCGGUGGCGGUACCGGCCGAGCUGACGACGGCGGCGGCGGUGGCGGUUUCCAUGCCCGCUUGGUGCACCAAGGGGCGGCCCACGCGGGCGCGGCAUGGGCACAAGGCAGCACAGCGCACCACUUGGGCCCCGCCAUGUCGCCGUCGCCCGGGGCCGGCGGGGGUCACCAGCCCCAGCCGCUCGGGCUGUACGCUCAGGCGGCCUACCCCGGUGGCGGCGGCGGCGGCCUGGCCGGGAUGCUGGCGGCGGGAGGAGGCGGCGCGGGACCCGGCCUGCACCACGCGCUUCACGAGGACGGCCACGAGGCACAGCUGGAACCGUCGCCACCACCGCACCUGGGUGCACAUGGACACGCACACGGACAUGCACACGCGGGCGGCCUGCAUGCGGCGGCCGCACACCUGCACCCGGGCGCAGGCGGUGGUGGCUCGUCGGUGGGCGAGCACUCGGACGAGGAUGCACCCAGUUCCGACGACCUGGAGCAGUUCGCCAAGCAGUUCAAGCAACGACGCAUCAAGCUGGGCUUCACCCAGGCCGACGUGGGACUGGCGCUGGGCACCCUCUACGGUAAUGUGUUCUCGCAGACCACCAUCUGCCGCUUCGAGGCCCUGCAGCUGAGCUUCAAGAACAUGUGCAAGCUUAAGCCGCUGCUCAACAAGUGGCUGGAGGAGACCGACUCGUCCAGCGGCAGCCCCACCAACCUGGACAAGAUCGCGGCGCAGGGCCGCAAGCGCAAGAAGCGCACGUCCAUUGAGGUGGGUGUCAAAGGCGCGCUAGAGAGCCACUUUCUCAAGUGUCCCAAGCCGUCUGCGCACGAGAUCACCGGCCUGGCCGACAGCCUGCAACUGGAGAAGGAGGUGGUGCGUGUCUGGUUCUGCAACCGGCGGCAGAAGGAGAAGCGCAUGACCCCCGCGGCCGGCGCGGGCCACCCGCCCAUGGACGACGUUUAUGCGCCUGGGGAGCUGGGGCCUGGCGGGGGCAGCGCGUCGCCACCCUCUGCGCCCCCGCCGCCCCCGCCGGCCGCGCUGCACCACCAUCACCACCACACACUGCCCGGCUCCGUGCAGUGA